AUGGCGCCUUCAUGGUUGAAUGAUAUCCGUCGCAUCAACCGAAAUAACUUUGCGACUUUACGUGCAGCACCAUGGGCUGAACUUUCCGGGUCACUAGGUGACCUGGGCACUUUGCUGCCGCUCAUGAUCGCUCUUACGGCACAAGGAUCCAUCGAUCUUGGGAGCACACUUGUCUUUACAGGUAUAUUCAAUAUUCUCACUGGCGCAUUCUACGGUAUCCCUCUGCCUGUUCAGCCGAUGAAGGCUAUUGCAUCAGCCGCUAUCCAGAAUCACUCUUCUAUGGGCGUCGUUACGGCUGCUGGCCAAUGGGUCGGCGCUGCUGUACUCGUCAUGAGCGUUACGGGCCUCUUGCGAUGGGUCGUUCGAGUUGUGCCUCUCCCAGUAGUAAAGGGCAUUCAGCUUGGAGCUGGUUUAUCGUUGAUUCUUGGGGCAGGCUCAUCACUGCUUCAGCCUUUGCACUGGGCUCACCCAGCUCUUGACAAUCGCAUAUGGGCCUUGGUAGCGUUCCUCGUCCUCGUUGGCACACAGAAGCUACCGCGCUUUCCAUACGCAUUACACUUCUUCAUUCUCGCCCUGGUCCUGGCCUUUGUCAAAGUCACCGCUUCCCACGAAAGCCUUCCAUGGUUCUAUGCUUGGCGUCCUCGCUUCAGCAUGCCGCGCUGGAUUGGGAAUGGCGACUCGCCUGCUCUCUGGAUGGCCAUUGGGCAGUUACCUUUGACAACCCUCAACUCUAUUAUAGCUGUCACUGCGUUAUCUCAUGAUCUCCUGCCUGAACUUCCUACUCCUUCGGUAACAUCUAUCGGGAUCAGUGUGGCCAUGAUGAACCUAACGAGUACCUGGUUUGGAAGUAUGCCUGUGUGCCACGGCGCUGGAGGACUGGCUGCUCAGUAUCGCUUCGGGGCACGUAGCGGUUCCAGCAUCAUCAUGCUGGGCAUUUUCAAACUAGCUUUGGGUCUUUUCUUUGGCGAGACACUCGUGGAUCUCCUGAGACACUACCCAAAGAGUCUCCUUGGUAUCAUGGUUGUAGCAGCUGGUCUUGAACUUGCCAAGGUGGGAAACAGUCUCAACCAAGGUGCUUCCGACUUGUGGCAUACAGCUUCUGGGCAGGGACCUCGUCGCCAACGCGACCUUUCGGAGGAUGAGCGCUUGGAGAGGUGGACGGUUAUGCUCAUGACAACUGCUGGUAUUCUUGCCUUUAGAAAUGAUGCAGUGGGGUUCUUUGCGGGUAUGCUGUGCCACGGAGCGUAUCGCCUCUCGGAACGACUGGCAGAGAGGUACUCACAUCGCAUCUCUCCAGUCGAGCGUGAAGCUCUGCUCCGUUAGGUGUUUGCAUCUCACUGUGGUGUUUGUUCCAUUGUACUCACAAGAUGUUGCAUGUGGUGGGUCUAGUAUCAUGAAAUAGAUACCUAAAGAAAAGCACAAAAUUUC